AUGUCUUCUGCCGUAGCAGAACUAGAAACCGGCCUGCAAGCCAUGCUUGCUCUGAAGCCACCCGGUGUAUCGGGCUCCAAGAUCAACGCCAUCACCACCCUUUGUGUGGCCAACGUCCAGUCCGAAUCUGUACUGAUCCAGAAGAUAUAUACUCACUUCAAGAAGACACCCGGCACUCACAAGCUAGGAGUGCUCUACGUCGUAGACUCUGUAACUCGCAAAUGGAUGGACCAGGCCAAACAGCAAGGCCAGGUUGUCAGCAGCGCCGCCCAAGAUGGCACGUAUGGCGCCGGUGUCCACAGAGUAACUGAGCUGAUGCCGGUGUUGAUGAACGACAUAAUUUCCUCUGCCCCAGAAGAUCAAAAGGAGAAAAUUAAGAAGCUCGUUGAUAUCUGGGAAAAGGGUCAAACAUUUCCGCCGAAGAUGCUCGAGUCCUUCAAGGAGAAGUUGAGCGCACCACCGCCACCAAGUAACCUUGCGAACGGCUUCCUUGGUAAUGCACCGGCCGCGCAAGCAGGUGGUUCGGACCCCAAUCUCCAGAAGAACUUGAUGCUCAUCCAAACCCUGCUCGCCCAGGGUAUCCCAGUUGACAAGAUAAGCACCAUUAUCGGACAGCUCACUGGCAACAAUGCUGCCCCCCAGGCACCAUUGCCACAGGUUCCUCAACCAAGCCAAAGUUCUUAUUCCGUCCCUCCGGGUGCCGGUUGGGAUGCACCCCGAACCGAAGACCCACGUGACCGUAAUGGCUAUCAUGACUCCAUAAGAUCCCCCAACCGAGCCCGUGGCAGGUCUCGUUCGCGAUCGCCAGGGCGCCAUUGGGACGCUCAUGACUCUCCCCGAGGCCGGGACGAGCGCAGGUUUGGCGAUUUUGGUCGUAAUUCACCUGGUCGUGGUCGUUUAGAUGAUCGGGAUCGGGGCCGUGGCCGAGGCUCCGACUACCGGCAGCGAUCUCCACCUGGCCAUGGCAGCCCACAGGGCGACAUAUCAGCCUUGCAAGAACACAAAUGGGUUGAAUACGAUUCGUCCAUCCCCAAUGGUCACAUCAAGGUACUAAGCCGCACUCUCUUUGUAGGAGGUGUUACCUGCUCCGAAGCUGAACUGCGUAACAUCUUCAAUCGCUAUGGUGAAGUGCAGACUUGCAUCGUAAACAAGGAGAAGCGUCAUGCCUUCGUCAAGAUGUAUACCCGCAAGGAUGCAAUGAGCGCCAAGGAGGGUAUGGAGGAUAGUAGAAGCACAGACAUGCAACUGCGAACACGCUGGGGUGUUGGCUUCGGUCCCAGAGAUUGCAGUGACUAUCAAACCGGCAUCAGUGUUAUUCCCAUCAGCAAACUGACCGAAGCUGAUCGAAAAUGGAUGCUCACGGCUCCAUAUGGCGGCAGCGGAGGGAAGCCUAUCGUCACUGGCUUAGUAGUUGAAGAACCCGAUAUUGAAAUCGGUGCUGGUGUCUCGUCAAAGGCCAUCAGCCGGCGAAUGCAGACCGACAAGGGCGGUAGCAACGGACCCAAGUCAAGCCGCCGAGAUUCUGAUGAUAACACUCCAACAAACAACAGUGGCGGUCAUUUUGGUGGCCGACAUGGUAGACGAGGUGGAGGCCGGGAUAAUCGUCGCGAUGACAACAUCGGCGACAGCAAAGCCCACGAUGCUCAAUCCGCCGUUCCAGGCUUCCCCUUCGGCCUUGCCAUAGGUCCCAACGGCAUGCCUAUCUUCCCUCCCGGCUUCUCAUUUCCAGCUCCUGAGUCUGCCACCACCAAUCCGCCAUACUGA